AUGUCCACAUGGAAAGCAAGGUUCGCCAAAAGACUGAAAUCUUCAUCUAUCAAUAGAAGGAUGCAUCCAUUUCCAUGUUCAGCUCUGCUGGCCUGUUUUGGGAAAUCUAGGGAGAAUGCUCCCUGUGAUCAGCCCAUAGCGCCUGAUACUCAUUCCACCAUCUAUGAUCAGCCCAUGAUCGAAGCAUGUCGACACUCAAGUCACCUGAAAGGGGAAGAAGAGAAAAGGCGAGGUUCCAGCACCCAUUUAGACAGAAAUGGCAAUGCAAAUCGGAAUUCAAGUAACCACACUGCUGUCCAGCCUGCUGAGAUCUCUGCGGAUAUGCCCGGGUCUCCAGAUGGCGAUUUGGAAGGUGAAGUAGUUACUUUUCAGACUUCUAUCCCCAGACCAUCAGUUAUUGAAAUGCCAAUGGAAGAAAAGGACUCCCAAGAAGAACCUAGAUGCCUUCAGUUGGAACAGAAGAUGACAUCAGACAGCCCGUUGGAGGAUCCUGACCUUAAGGACUCAUAUCUCAUUCCAAGAAACAUCAUGGCUGAGCCAGACUAUAUAGAAGAUGACAAUCCUGAACUAAUUAGGCCUCAGAAACUUGUCAAUCCUGUCAAAACAUCCCGCAACCACCAAGAUCUUCACAGGGAACUUCUUAUGAAUCAGAAAAGGGGUCUUGCCCCUCAGAAUAAGCCAGAACUGCAGAAGGUGAUGGAAAAAAGAAAACGAGAUCAAGUAAUAAAGCAGAAGGAAGAAGAAGCACAAAAGAAGAAAUCUGACUUGGAAAUAGAGCUAUUAAAACGGCAGCAGAAGUUGGAGCAGCUUGAACUUGAGAAGCAGAAACUGCAAGAAGAGCAAGAAAACGCCCCAGAGUUUGUGAAGGUUAAAGGCAAUCUUAGGAGAACAGGCCAAGAAGUGGCCCAAGCCCAGGAGUCGUAGGCCCACGCCUCAGAGACCCCACGGAAGCUGUGAGCAGGCACCUCCUCAAUUCUUAAUCUCAGGGCAAAAGCCCCUGGGAGCAUCCCAGCCAGCAGAGAAUUGUUGCUUAAAAAAGGAUUUGGACUUGGUUCACCUACAGUCUGGGUGGGUAAAUUACCUGUGACAGUUGCAAUUCCUAUUCGCCAAACAAAGGACAUUGACCAGCACUUAGGUUGGGAUCGGGACUUGUGUUCAAAGACUUU